GUUGUCCGUUUGUUAACGUGGCGGGUGCUGUCGUUGGAUGCGCUCAAACUGUUUGAUGUUUUGACCCAAAGAAAUGCCCGGCCGCAAUUAUCGAAGGCAAAGUUGGGCGGUUAGUGAAUGUCUUUGCCCAUUAUUGCAUUUAAGGGUGCGAAAGCGGAAGCGGAAGCGAAGGCAAAAAACUACGAAGUGAUCUUUCAUGUUCACUGAAUCAGCAUGCGCCCCCCGCCCUUCAACUGGAAGACUUGGUGGUUGAGACGACCCAUAAGUUGAAGUCAGCUUUCAUCAGUGAAACUGAAAUUGGGUGAAUUUGAAAUUGGUCCCAAGCUCAAUUAAGUCGGUGGAAAAUUGUUGAGUUGUGUGUGUUUGGCUAAGCUCAGACGGAGUUGCCUUCUUCAGAUCAUUUACCAUGGUAAAGACGAGCCAUUCAUGGCUUGCCACCUUCACAGCCUAGAAUUCAGCAUAUCUAGAGGAUGAAUCAUGUGAUGCAGGUGGCACCAGUGGGAGCCAUGAACAUGGAAUUACAGCCAAUGGGCAACAGAGAGAUAGAGGAUGUGCAAGAUGAUGAAUCAGAGGCUUCAAAGAGGAAUAUUUUUAUCCCGCCAUGGACAAGGCAGAUAACACUGAGGGGAGUGAUCGCAAGCUUUGUGAUUGGUAGCAUCUACUGCAUGAUAGUGAUGAAACUGACCGUCACCACCGGGAUUAUCCCCAAUCUGAACGUCUCUGCUGCACUGUUAGCCUUCCUGUUCCUGCGUUCUUGGACGAAGCUGCUUGACAAGGCUGGGAUUCUCACUGUUCCUUUCACUAGGCAGGAGAAUACCAUGAUUCAAACUUGUGCAGUCGCUUGUUACAGCAUAGCUAUUGGGGGUGGAUUUGGGUCUUACCUUCUGGCAUUGAACAAGAAGACAUAUGAGCAGGCUGGGAUUGACACUCCGGGAAAUUCUCCAGGAAGUUACAAGGAUCUUAGAAUCGCUUGGAUGAUCGGUUUCCUUUCAGUUGUUUCUCUGAUUGGUCUUUUUGUUCUGAUUCCUCUCAGGAAGUUCUUGAUAAUUGAUUACAAACUGCCCUUUCCAACUGGCAUGGCAACUGCCGUUCUUAUCAAUGGAUUUCACAAUCAGGGAGAGAAGAUGGCUAGAAAGCAAGUUCGUGGGUUCAUUAAAUACUUUUCACUGAGCUUCUUGUGGGGCUUUUUCCAAUGGUUUUACACUGGAAAAGGGGGUUGUGGAUUUGUUCAGUUCCCCACUUUCGGGUUGCAAGCAUGGAAGCAUACAUUCAAUUUCGAUUUUAGUAUGACUUAUGUGGGAACUGGAAUGAUUUGUCCCUUGAUUGUGAACUUGUCAACACUUCUUGGAGCUGUGCUUUCAUGGGCUGUCUUGUGGCCUCUUCUGGGUAGGCUCAAAGGAGAUUGGUUCCCCUCCAAUUUACCUGAAUCCAGCAUGAAGAGCUUGAAUGGCUACAAGGUCUUUCUCUCUAUUGCACUCCUCUUGGGUGAUGGGCUUUACAACUUCAUGAAGAUAAUUUGUAUCACAUUUUUAAACAUCCAUGCCAAAUGGAAGCAAAGGAACCUCGAUUUAUCUAUGAGUGCAAGAAACAACACUCUGGAGGAUCAAAAUCAAGAUGAAGUGUUCACGAGAGAAAGUGUUCCGAUGUGGGUAGGGGCCGGAGGAUACAUGGCCUUCGCCGUGAUUGCAGUAACUUCGGUUCCGGCCAUAUUUCCUGAGAUCAAAUGGUAUUAUGUGAUCAUAGCCUAUGUGGCUGCGCCAUCUCUGGCCUUCUGCAAUGCUUAUGCCAUUGGGCUGACUGACAUGAAUAUGUCGUAUAACUACGGCAAGCUAGGCCUCUUCGUGAUGGCGGCGCUGGCUGGAAAACACCACGGCGUGGUGGCAGGGCUGGCCGGAUGCGGCCUCCUCAAGUCGGUCAUCUCAGUCUCCAGCACCCUGAUCCAAGACAUGAAAACCGGCCACCUCACCCUCACUUCCCCCAGAGCCAUGCUGCUGGGGCAGGCUGCCGGCACCGCCAUCGGCUGCGUGGUGGCGCCGCUCAGCUUCUUCCUGUUCUACAAGGCGUUCGACGUUGGCAACCCGGACGGAGAGUACAAGGCUCCCUUUGCCAUUGUCUACAGGAACCUGGCAAUCCUGGGAGUGGAAGGCUUCUCUGCCCUGCCUCAACACUGCUUGCAGCUCUGUGGCGGCUUCUUCGGCUUCGCGGUGGGCGUCAACAUGGUGAAGGAUCUAGUCCCGGGCAAGGUUGGGAAGUGGCUGCCGCUGCCGGCGGCAAUGUCGGUGCCGUUUCUCAUUGGUGGAAGCUUUGCCAUUGACAUGUGUGUGGGGAGUCUGGUGGUGUUGGGUUGGAAGAAAGUGAAGGGUGGUGAGAAUGCUGAGCUGAUGGUUCCGGUGGUGGCUUCCGGCUUGAUGUGCGGCGAGGGGCUGUGGACACUGCCGGCUUCUCUUCUCUCCCUUGCCAAAAUUAGUCCUCCAAUAUGCAUGAAAUUCUUGGCUUCUUAAUUACAUAAAAACUCUGAAACUCUCCCAAUUA